AAAAAUGGAGGAGCUUGUAAAAAAGAAGAAAAAAGUGGCGCACACAUAUACAAACAAGCACUGCCACUUCUGCCAUUUUUAACCCACUUGAAGAAAGUAAUCAGAUUCCACUUGUAUUUCUUUUCAUAUUAUUCCUAUUUAAAGGAGUAAUAAUAGACAGCAGCAUCAGCAACUGGAUCAAGUUCUUGGUUCUCUCUCUUCCUCGUGUAUAUUUGAGUUGGGUUUUUUUUUUUGGGGGGAAAAAGGAAAAGAAAAGUUGACUUGGAUGGCGAGAAUUUCAAGACCCACCAGAAAUACUGGUGAGCUGGUUUUAGUGGGGUCAUAAGCUUCGAAGCAGAAUCUUCACCCGCACAAUAAUAUGGAAUCAUAAACAAACCGUCAAAAAAACAAAAACAAACAUAGGAAAGAGAAAGGCUCUAACUUGAGGUGCAGAUAAUUACUAUGAGAAACAAAUUCAAGAAAAUUUCUUUCUUUUCUUUCUUGUGGAGCUGAUUUGCUAAGGGACACGAUCGCCUCUCAAAAAAAAGCCUGUCCUAUUUUUGAGAUUAUUGCUGUGUUUGUUCGCUGCUCAUGUUCCUGCUUUACAGACAGUCAGACAAGUAUACUUUUUUUUUUUUUUUGUGGGUUGAAUUUCAACCGAAAGGAGUGUAAUACUUAUAGAGGGUAUCUUCAGGAAUCUUUGCAUAAUUAGAUUUGAAGACUGAAGACCUGAAUUCUUCCUAGAGAGUAUUGUUUUCAAAACUCCAGAUAAACUAGAUCAUUGUUGAGGUUGUCAUUAUAUAGCAAGAGAGACUUCAGACAGAAAUUUUUGCGAACAAGGAUAGAUCUCUAUGGAAGAGGGUGUUUUCUCACCAGGUACCAUGUUGGGUACCCGUGUUGAUUCAGCUAUGGACUUUGACUACAUGGAUAAAUUGUUGUUGGAAGGAUGCUGGUUGGAAACAAUAGAUGGAUCUGAGUUUUUUAAUCCUAGUCCCUCUAGUUCUGCUGCCUUUAUCGAUUCAUUUUUAUGGCCAAUUCCAGAGGUCAACAAUGAUGAUUUGGCAUCUACUCCAUCUCAGAAGAGCAAUCCAGAAGAGGAACAAAUAGCCCUGCCCCACAGAAAUUCGCUCUUGAAUGAAACUCAAGACGGAAGUCCUCUAAAUACUGAGGCUAUUGGACAGGAUAUGGGCAGUGUUGUUACAUUGGGAAAUAAUGCAGCUGAAGCUUCUGAAGUAAGCAGAAGAUGGUGGAUUGGACCAAGUGCAAUUCCAGGCCCCAAAACGUCUGUGAGGGAUAGAUUAAUAACAGCAUUAAGUUACAUUAAAGAUUUCACAAAGGAUAAAGAUGUCCUUAUACAAAUAUGGGUCCCUGUAAAUAGUGGAGGUAGACGUUUUCUUGUUACUCAUGACCAACAUUUUGCCGUAGUUCCAAACUGUGAGAGGCUGGCAAAUUACAGAGAUAUAUCAAUUAACUAUCACUUUUCAGCUGAUGAGAAUUCCAAGGACAUGGUGGGGUUACCUGGUCGAGUGUUCUUAGGUAAGGUUCCCGAGUGGACACCUGAUGUUCGAUUCUUUAGAAGUGAUGAGUACCCACGGGUUGAUCAUGCUCAACAAUAUGGUGUACGUGGAACUCUGGCCCUUCCUGUUUUUGAACAGGGUAGCAGAACUUGCUUGGGUGUUAUUGAGGUGGUGACAACAGCACAUAAGAUCAUCUACCAUCCUGAGCUUGAGAGUGUUUGCAGAGCACUUGAGGCUGUUGAUCUUCAGAGUUCUGGGAUUCCAGGGAUGCAGAAUGUGAAGGUGUGCGAUAUGUCCUACCAAUCCGUGUUGCCUGAGAUUCAUGAACUUCUGAGAUCUGCUUGUGAGACACAUCAGUUGCCCUUAGCUCAAACUUGGGUCCCAUGCAUUCAACAAGGCAAAGGAGGAUGCCGCCAUUCCGAUGAAAAUUAUAUCCGUUGUGUUUCAACUGUGGAUCGUGCUUGUUAUGUACGGGACACUUCCAUCCAGGUUUUUCAUGAGGCUUGCUCUGAGCAUCACUUGUUAAAAGGUCAAGGAGUUGCUGGAGAAGCAUUUUUGACUAACCAACCAUGUUUUACAAGUGACAUAACUUCAUAUGCAAAAACUGAGUAUCCUCUUUCUCACCAUGCAAGGAUGUUUGGUUUGCGCGCUGCUGUUGCAAUUCGCUUAAGAAGUGUGCACACUGGUACAGCGGACUUUGUCCUGGAGUUCUUUCUGCCUGUGGAUUGCACAGAUCCAGACAAACAGAAGAAAAUGCUUACUUCAUUAUCCAUCAUCAUACAACAGGUGUGCCGGUCCUUACGGGUAGUAACUGACAAAGAACUAGAGGAAGAAAAUUACUUCCUUGUUAGUGAGGUGGUAGACCCCUCAGAUGGUAGACUGACUAGAGAUGAGAUGUUAAGGGUUGGACAUAUGUAUUCUGAAAGUUAUGCUGGAGAUAUAUCCUGGACUUCCUGUCUCACAGAGGCCCGACAGAGUGGAAAUGAUGGCUCAUUGUGUCAAAUAGAGAAGCAAAAGGUACCAAUGGGUGAAAAAUUCAUGCAGCACAAAAAAAAUCAAGAAGAUAACAGCCUAAAGAGGAAUAUUGAGUGUGGUGGAGAUUCUUCAGUUGCUGAAGGUAGCUUUUCAAGUGUCUGUAUGGGUAAAACAGCAGAAAAAAGACGUACCAAGGCAGAGAAGACAAUCACAUUGCAAGUUCUUCGGCAGUAUUUUGCUGGAAGCUUAAAAGAUGCUGCAAAGAGUAUUGGUGUUUGCCCCACAACCUUGAAAAGAAUUUGUAGGCAACAUGGAAUAAACCGAUGGCCGUCUCGGAAAAUCAAGAAAGUUGGACACUCUUUACAGAAACUUCAACUGGUGAUUGACUCAGUCCAAGGUGCCUCUGGUUCUUUGCAGAUUGGUUCGUUUUAUACGAACUUCCCUGAGCUUGUCUCUCCAAAGCUAUCAAGAAGCAGUCAGUUUUCAACUUCAAAGCAGAGUGAGCAUCCAGAGCCAUCAAGCAUACAGCCUGAGGAAGGUAUCUUCAGCUCCCAAGCGGCUGCGCCAAAAUCUCCAUCCCCUUCGUCUUCAUGCAGUCAGAGUUCCAGUUCAAGUCACUGUGUCUCCAGUGGAACUCAGAAAACUCCUUCUUCAUGCACUGUUCCUACUAGUGAAGACCCUAUGCUUGGAGAAGGUAAUGCUAUCUUAAAGAGGGUCAGAAGUGAUGCCGAGCUGCAUGCCUCAAGUCAAGCAGAACAGAACUUGUUGCCAAGAUCUCAGAGCCAUAAAUCUCUUAGGGAACAGCCUAAUUUGGGGUAUCUUCCGCCUUUACCUAAGACCAGUAGCUGUGCAUCUCAAGAGAUUGAUGCUCAGAGAGUGAAAGUCACAUAUGGAAACGAGAAUAUCCGGUUUCGCAUGCCAAGCAGUUGGGGACUUACAGAUCUAUUGGGAGAAAUUGCGAGACGGUUCAAUAUAGAUGACAUUAAUAGAUAUGAUCUGAAGUACCUGGAUGAUGACUCUGAGUGGGUAUUAUUAACAUGUGAUGACGAUUUGGAGGAAUGUCUGGAUGUAUGCCAAUCAUCUCAAAGCUGCACAAUUAAACUCUUACUCCAAAUUUCUCCUCAUCUUUUGGGCAGAUCGUCAAGCAGUGGCAUUUCAUGACAUCAGUAGCAUGCUUUGAGCUGUGUCGACGAUCGAGGUUGGAAGUGGCUGUAUUUUCGGAUUCAUUUGAGGUAUCCAUUGAGUCAGCGGGGCAGACUGCUGAACUGGUAAAAUAGAAAGAAAGGGACUUAAUGUGUUGCAGUUGAAACAUUCAGCUCACUAUCGUGAAUGUUGGAAGUCUGGAGCCUGAGAGAAGCUGAUUAACUUCCUUCUUUUUCAGCGGGCGUGAUUCUGCGUAUGCAUUUGAUGCGAGAGUGCGCUAUAAACUUGACUCUGUAAGUCGUAAAAUGUGCUAUCAUAAUCAAACUGAAACAGAAAUAAAAAAUUUUGAUCAUGAAUGUGGUAUAUUGUGAUA